AUGAAUUCAAUUGAAAUCGACAGUACUAGUAUUGCUAAAUCAUCACUAUGCAAUAACAAGGUCCGCAUGUCCAAUCACUUUGAUCAUAAUUUGACGACUGUCUCCCACGACACGGUCGAGACUAUUCCCAAAGCCCCAUGGCAAGAGAAAUGCCAUGCCUUCUUUCGGUGGAUGUGUACGCCGUUAGGAGCUUGCAUCACAAUUUACGGUCUGAAUGUGGUCGCGUGGGGCGGGAUGCUCUUCCUCUUGAUGUGCAAUGCAGCGCCCGCAAUGUGUCAUCCAAGUUGCGAUAGUCUCGAUUCAUCACGUCGCAUUUGGAUUGAGAUCGAUUCCCAAAUCCUGAAUGCCCUAUUUUGCGUCACUGGGUUUGGAUUAGCCCCGUGGCGUCUCCGUGAUCUUUACCAAUGGUCUUUCUGGCGAUUAGGCUGGUCAGAAGGGAGUCGACGGAAAGGGCUCGAUCGCUUGGCUGAGAUUCAUAAGAAUUGGUUCUUGAAAUCUCAAGAGCCGAGUGUCCUUCCUAUGAAAGCACAGCAACGUUAUCCAUCGACUGAACAGGCCACGCCUACUCCGUUGUGGAAAAUGGAUGUUGUGGUCUGGGGUAACAUCCUUAAUACAGUCUUUCAGAUCUGCUUGGCUGUUUGCAUGUGGGCAUGGAAUCGUUUCGACCGACCGAGUUGGACAACUGGUCUAUUUGUUGGUCUUGCUUGUGUUGUUGCUGGAGUUCCUGGGAUAUUGAUGUGGCUGGAGAAGAAACGCCUCAAGAAAGCCAGUGAGCACCCCGGUGCUCUUCUUUUGAUCCCUCGAGCUACACAACCAAUGCUUCCAGGUGGAAGGAGCGGCGAUUGUAGCGCUGUAAACUCGGAAUCAUGA